AUGUCGGAACAAAAUGUCCAAGAUGAAAAUAAUGUUGCUACUGAACAAAAUUCAAUGGCACAACGUGUUUCACUUGAACUGAAAUGUCGCGAACCAAAAUCAAUAACUGAACUCGUCUUGGACAAUUGUGCUCGAUGUUCGUAUAUUCAAGGUUUAACAGAUGAAUUUACUAAUCUGCAAGUACUCUCAAUCAUCAAUGUGGGUCUUCAAUCACUUACGAAAUUUCCUGCGUUGCCUAAUCUUCGAAAACUUUAUCUAAGUGAUAAUCGUUUAAAUUCGGGUUUGGAAAAUCUCGAAGGUUGUCCAAAUCUAUCCUUAUUGAUCCUUGCUGGAAACAAGUUCAAAUCCAUCGAUGAACUCAAACCGUUGGCGAAAUUACCGAAAUUAUCUACGCUGGAUUUGGCAAACUGCGAAGUGACUACAAUCGAUGGUUAUCGAGAAGCAGUGUUCAAUAUCUUACCUCAAUUGAAAUAUUUGGAUAAUAUCGAUAAGACCGGUGUGGAAAGGGAUAGUGACGAUGAAGAUGAUGAUGAAAAUGCUGAAUCAGAUGAAGAAGAUGAUGGUGAAGAUGAAGAAUACGAAGAGGAUGAUAGUAAAACCGGUUUGAAAGCCUUGUACAAUGGGACAUUUGAAGAUGGUGACGAUGAUGAAGAAAGUUACGAAGGAAAUGAAGAUGAAGACGACGAGGAAGAAUCUGACGAAGAUGAUGAUUUAUCCGAAGAAGAUGUUCCAAAAGGUCCAAUCGAAGGAUCAUCGAAAGGUGAAAAACGGAAACGAAAUGAUGAAAAAGACAGUGGCAACGAUGAACCACCACAUAAAAUCUAA